AUGUCAGAAAAAAGCAGGACAAAAAAUGGUGCAGUAGUGAAAAAGAACAAGCCCGCUAACAGUAAGGAAGUGUCAUCACUGGCAGCUAAGAUUAGAGCUAAGGCCCUCGAGAAUCAGAAAAAACUGCAAGCUCAGGAUGAGAUAUCUAGUUCUGACAGUGAAGAGGAAGAAGUUGAACCUAAGAAGGAAACUCCUAGGACUGAGGAAGUAGAACAGGAUGAUUCAACUGAAAAGACUUUGGAAUCCUUCUCAGGCCUGAACAUUGUUCCAGAACUACUCCAAGCAUGUAAAAAUUUGAAUUUUACCAAACCUACACCAAUCCAGGCCAAAGCGAUACCUCCGGCUUUGGAAGGUAAGGAUAUUAUAGGUCUUGCGCAGACUGGUUCAGGAAAGACCGCAGCAUUUGCUCUACCGAUUUUGAACAGAUUGUGGCACGACCAGUCGCCUUACUAUGCAUGUAUUUUGUCACCAACGAGAGAAUUGGCUCAGCAGAUUAAGGAGACUUUUGACUCUUUGGGAACGAUUAUGGGAGCACGUACAACUUGUAUCGUCGGUGGUAUGAAUAUGAUGGAUCAGGCAAGAGACCUGAUGCGUAAACCGCACAUUAUUAUUGCCACUCCAGGUAGACUUAUGGAUCAUUUAGAGAACACUAAGGGAUUUUCACUGCGUAAACUGAAGUUUCUGGUGAUGGAUGAAGCCGACAGGUUGCUAGAUAUGGAGUUUGGGCCUGUUUUAGACAGAAUAUUGAAGAUUAUUCCUACACAGGGCAGAACCACAUAUUUAUUUUCUGCCACUAUGACGUCCAAGAUUGAUAAGCUUCAAAGGGCUAGUUUGACUGAUCCGGUGAAAUGUGCUGUCUCCAACAAGUACCAAACUGUAGACACUUUAGUCCAAACCUUAAUGGUGGUUCCUGGUGGGUUAAAGAACACAUUUUUGAUUUAUCUACUGAAUGAGUUCAUUGGUAAGACGACUAUUAUCUUCACAAGAACAAAGGCUAACGCCGAAAGAAUAUCGGGACUGUGUAAUCUUUUAGAGUUCAAUGCCACAGCUCUGCACGGUGACCUGAAUCAAAACCAAAGAACUGGUGCCUUGGAUUUGUUUAAGGCUGGUAGAAGAUCUAUCCUUGUGGCCACUGAUGUUGCUGCCAGAGGUCUGGAUAUCCCAUCCGUGGAUAUAGUUAUCAAUUAUGAUAUUCCGGUGGACUCGAAGUCUUACAUUCAUCGUGUCGGUAGAACAGCUAGAGCGGGAAGAUCUGGUAAGUCCAUUUCAUUGGUUUCACAGUACGAUUUGGAAUUAAUAUUGCGUAUUGAAGAAGUUUUGGGUAAGAAACUGCCAAAGGAAAAUGUGGACAGAGAUCUCGUCAUGUCAUUGAGGAACUCUGUCGAUAAGGCCAACGGUGAAGUCAUUAUGGAGUUAAACAGGAGAAACAAGGAGAAGAUUGCAAGGAGUGGUGGAAGACGUUCUCGAAUGGCCGCUAGAAUGGACAUGGAUAGAGAGGAACGUUAA